AGUGGAGACAAGCACAAAGACAGGUGAAACAGAUCAGGGUGUGUGCGACAAAAGUAGACGUUGUGAGUCGAGAAGCAGGUGCAGGUGAAACAUUUAAUAAAACAAGAAACAUGAAAUGAGACAGCAUAACAGUGGCAAUAAGGCUUGAACACAGGAACAAUGCCAGGUAAUGGGUCCAGGUGAGUAUCCUAAUGAUCUGGAUGUGCACAUAAUGAUGGAUGCCAGGUGUGCAUAAUGAAGGAUCCCAGGACCAGUGGUUAGUAUACUGGCGACUUCAAACGCCAGAGGGAAGGAGUGGGAGUAGACGUGACAAAGCCUAUGUAAAUGUUUUGGUUAGAUGGAAUCUAAAGACGCAAAGUUGUCAAUAUAUGCAUUACAGUCAUAUAUACGCUAUGUUGACUCAAUAAGCACGGUAAUUAAAUAUUUUGGCAAGGAUGUGUUAUUUUUUAUCCAUCCUCUUCACAAUAUAAGACACCCUCUCAUCCCUGUCUGUCUGUUAUAUCCUUCAUGGUCCCACCAACAGCCAUGGGGACAACUUUCCUGCUUUGUGUGGCUGUCACCCUAUUCAGAGUGGUCAGUGGAUCAUGCCCAGUGGGGCGGGAGUUCAUUACUGCCUUUAUGCCUAACUAUUUGCUGAGCUACCAUGAUGAUCAGAGUCUUAAACUGGCCAUAACUACACAGGAUUAUCCAGCCAUUGUUCAAAUUCAGGUCAAUGCAAUCGGCUUUUCGACCUCAGUGAAAAUAGAGAAACAGAACACCAAAUGGAUCGGCAUACCUGGUACCGCUGAAAUUGGGGGUCCAGGAGCUUCCACCAAAACAGUGCAGGUCACCUCCAACUCUGACAUCUCGGUGGUGGCCUUCAACUACAAGUUCUCGACCGGAGACAGCAGUGUGGUCUUCCCGACUGACCAGCUGGGUACUGACUAUGUGGCCUUCACCCCUGUAGGGGGUCCAAGCAACAUGCACAAACUUAUGUCUAUUAUCAACGGCAAAGAGCCCAACAAGAUCACGAUCAUCCCUGUCUCCAACAUGAAUCUCAGUGGCGUGGAUUCCUGGAAGCAAAGACAGGCGGUGAUUGUUACCAUGGACCCAUACCAGGUCUACCUCUACCAAAGCUACACCACUUUCACUGGGACCAGGGUAAAAGCUAAGCACCCUGUGGCAGUCCUGGGGGGACACGAGUGCAUUGCAGAUGGAGGCCGCUGCAAUCACGUCUACGAACAACUGCUACCGGUACAGAGUCUCUCCACCAAUUACCUGGUUCCUUCCAUGCACAUGACACAAUCAACAGACUUUGUCAACAUUGUGGCCUCAGAGGACAACACUCUAGUGAAGAUCUUUGAGGGAAAGGUAUCCACUGCUAAAGAGCUGAAUGAGGGGCAGGUGUAUGUGAUUUCUGUCCAACCCAAAUAUCCGCUGAUCAUCAAAAGUGAUAAGAAGGUCAUGGUGAUGUACUUCAGCAACAACAAGCCCUACGAUCCGUUCCUCACCAACAUCCUCCCAACGUCUGAUCUAGCCAAAGAGUGGUCGGUGGACACGCAGAGCAAAUUCGAGAGCACAUUGGUCAUUGUCUCCGAGGGGAAGGGAUCAAAACCGUUAAAGUCUGUGAAAAAAAUAAUUGUGUGAAAUCUCUCCAAUGGACAUCAUUCAACUCAGACCCUAGGUACAUGUGGGUAAAUCUUCCAUUGGGAGAGCAGCAACAGCAUUUCUCCAUCAAAGGUGACUCCCUCAUGGCUGUUUACGUUUAUGGUGGCAUGCCAAGAGACGGCUACGCAACAACAGGAGUAUGUACCAAAGACACUGCACCACCCACUCCACCACCAGACCCCUGUGAGAAAGUCAAAUGCAGAGAAAAGGAAGAAUGUACAAAGGGGGUUUGUGCCC